GCUCAUUGUUCACUUGACUUUCACGAUAUUGUUUUCGGCCAAUUGAAGCCAUAAGUCAGUUAUUAAAUAAAUUCCUAUUUUAAACAUUGAAAAAUGACAGAUUAUACGUGGAUAAAUUGGCACUCUCCAAUGAAGAUUAUGACGUGCGUGAUGGGGCAGCAUGACGUCACGAGCCAUUAACGUGACGAAAUAAAGUCGAAGUAAUUAUUUUCACUGGCUCCUCGGCAGUUUAGUGAUCUCAGAAUAAGUCCAUAAAGAGAAAGGAAACAACGAAUAUUUGUUGGUCGAAAAUAAUGGCCGCUGUCAACAGUUUAGUAAUCAAAAAAACGCAAAGCAUGCUGGGCAAAGUGAUAAAGAAACCGGCUCUCACUGAAAAACUGCUCAGCAAACCGCCGUUUCGAUACCUGCACGACAUCUUUACCGAGAUCAUCAGGACCACUGGCUUUAUGAAAGGCUUGUACAAAGACAAUGAAUUGAAGUCAGAAUGCAUCAAGGACAAAGAGAUGAAGAUGGCGUUCCUUCAGAAGGCAAUCGACGUUGUGGUGCUGGUCACCGGGGAGCCCCUUGCGGUCAGACCGGCACAUAUUGUCGCCGGUCAUGAGCCCGAAAAGACCAACGAGCUCCUGCAGGCCAUUGCCAAGUGCUGCCUCAGCAAGAUGUCCAGUAAGGAGGCUGUGAAGAGAGUUCUUGCGGGAGAGAGGCUGGACGUGAGGGCCAAGGACAGCACGCUGAAAUCCCAAGACAAGGACGCUGCGGAGGGACGCCAAGCGCAGCCUGACAGAGAGGAGAAGAAGAUGACGGAGCCUAUCGAGAGCGGGGUUGAGAAGGCGCCAGAGCCGCCCCGAGAGCAAGAGAAGCACCGUCGAGACGGCGAGAGGGAACAGCGUCCUGACAGGGAGCCUUCGGCCAAGAACCACCGGCGGGAGCAGGAGCUCGCUAAAGAUGGCGAGCAAGAAGACAAGAGUCGCCAACGCCAGCGAGACAAGGCUAACGACGACGCGCAAAGCAGCGAAAGGGAGCGGGAAAAGGAGAAGGAGAAAAGUCAAGCCAAGGAAAGCAGCAAGCCGAGAGAGAAAGAGAGGGACAAGUUAAAAAGCGCAGAAAGCGAGCGACACAAGCCGUCUUUGUCACAGACCGAAAGUCCGGCAAGAACGAGUCAGCCGUCCUCCGCCAAAGGGCAAAGAAGGAAAAACACUUUGGGAGAUGAAUCCAACAGCGAAGUCGGCGACCCUCGGGAGGAUGCGAGUCCUCCUAACAAGGAAAGCGGAGACGCUACCGACUGCUCACUUUCAUCAGACGUGGCCUCCAGCAACAACCGCCCGGCGAGGCCCAGCAGCGCUCGUCCGGCUCCUCCUCGAGUCAAGAAACAGGAGAGCUCGGCUGAAGCGCUCGCGCCCGAGAGGCUUUCCAGUGCCAAGUCGGCAGUCAUCAGAGAAGGAAAGAAGCCAUCUGACGACGAGGAGGAUGAGCAGUUCCUGGUGGCAGAGGCGGCCCCCGACCCCGCGGAGGCCGCGGACCAGGAAUCUGCACAAGACUUCAGGAGUGAAGAAAAACACGGCGGACUCGUGAAAAAGAUCCUCGAGACCAAAAAGGACUACGAACCCUCGCCAAACUCCAAUAAAUCAAAAGAGCUGGUGUCGGAGGAAGCGCGGAAGAAAGAGCAGGACCUGGUCACGCGGGAGAUCGAGCGUCUGCGCGUGUCCAUCCAGUCGGUGUGUCAGAGCGCGCUGCCUUUGGGCAAGAUCAUGGACUACGUGCAGGAGGACAUCGACGCCAUGCAGGCCGAGCUGCAGAGCUGGCGCAGGGAAAACAAGGGACCGCACAGUAGCGCGUGGGCCUGUUCUAAAAAUAUCACCGACCAGGCGGUGGAACCGCUCAAGGCGGAACUGGGCGAGCUGGACCAGCAGAUGAAAGAUUACCAGGACAAAAUUUGUGCCGUGAGGUCCAACAUCCUGACGAACGAGGAGAACAUCCAGAAGAAGUUGGCCGCGAUCAUCUCUUCCAGAUCCUGA